AUGGCAACCGUGGAAGAGAUCAAAUCAGUUAUACUUAAGCCAUAUACCAAUCAUCGGCAAUUGACUAUAAGGGAAGUGGAAAAUAUUAGUGUUAGUCUUAUCGAAUUGUUGAUUACUAAGGAUGCAAGUGAUGCUAAGACUAUGAAAUACAUUGCAAGAUUUCUCACGAAACAAGACUACGACGAUUUGGUGCAGGAGAGAAACUUGGUGAAACGUUGUGGAUAUCCAUUGUGUCAUCGCAGCCAAGCGAGAGUACGUGAUCCCUUUGCAGAUAGGCAGAUGACGAACUUUAUGAAGAAAAAUAACCCAUACGCUUAUCUAACGGAGUUCUGUACGAAGGCACACUAUAGAUGUUCGCAGUACUAUCAGUUCCAGCUCUCUGAUGAAGCGUUGUUUUCCAGGGUGGGUGUACAUUUAGAUGAUUAUGAACCGUCCACAGAGGUUCAGCUAUUAGAGGAAGCGUUACAAAAGGAGUCUGAUAUCAAAGAGAUGAUCAGGGGAAUGACUGAACUAAAACUUGCGGAUGAAGAGAAUAAAGAUGAGAUCGAAAAGGAUAUCAGCGAGAUGUUGGCUGAUAUAAAAAUUGUAGAAGUGAACGAGCCCAAUAUCAUUGGUGACCUAGCACGGGAUUGA